AUGUUUUAUAAAUGUUGAGAAGCAAAGGAAACCCUAAGUUAGUAAAAAUGGCGGUACCCUUGAUCUCGAAGAAGAUCGUGAAGAAGCGAGUGAAGAAGUUCAAGCGCCCCCAAAGCGAUCGCAAGAUCUCCGUCAAGCCAAGCUGGCGCAGACCCAAGGGUAUUGACUCUCGUGUCAGGAGAAAGUUCAAAGGAUGCACUUUGAUGCCCAACAUUGGUUAUGCUUCAGACAAGAGAACUCGCCAUUAUCUUCCAAAUGGUUUUAAGAAAUUUGUUGUGCACAAUGUGAAGGACCUUGAACUUCUCAUGAUGCAUAAUAGGACGUACUGUGCUGAGAUUGCUCACAAUGUGUCCACAAGGAAGAGGAAGGACAUUGUUGAGAGAGCUGCUCAGCUUGAUGUAGUUGUGACAAACAAAACUGCCAGACUGCGCAGCCAGGAAGAUGAAUAGAUUCCAAUGUCUGGGAGACGAUUUUAUGUUUUGUAGUGAGCUUCAAUUGACACAAUUAGUAGAUUUUGAUUGCUUUUUGCUAUUUUCGUUGUCAAAACCAUUUUGCAAUGUCAUACGUUUAUUAUGUCGCCAAAUGUUUACUGUUACAAAUUAUUUUUACCCAAUUUUGAGUUAAUAUUACCGUCUAGUUAAAGCCAA